AUUUGCAGCCAAUCAGCGUGCGAGCGCAGUCCCCGCCUCCCGCACUGAGGCCAUCUUACACUGAGCUGCUGUGGGGCGUCACACAUAUACACUGUAUCAGUUUCGGUGCUUAUGUGACGCGGCUGCUCUAUAGAGUUGUAAAUGAAGCAGGUAGAGAAAAAAGUGGCCCUUUCUGUGGACUUGUACUGAAGCAUGGAUUAUGAGAGGAGGGGCGGUCGUGGUGACCGCAUGGGUCGCUACGGGAAAGAGUCCGAUGAUCACGACUACAGGGACAUGGACUAUCGUGGCUAUGGGCAAGGAAAUCGACCGAAAAGCGUCUUAACAAAUUCUAGACGUAAUGAGUCUGAUAGUAGUUUUGCAGGCAUGAGAGACUUUGCCUCAGGUAAUUUCUCAAAUAACCGACCCGGAUUCAGACAAAAGAGGAACCAUGGGUCUGAAAACAACCAACUUGGAAAGAGUCUCCUCCAAAGUCCCCCAAAUGAUAAUCUCCACUCAAGAUUCCAGCAAGAUGAUAAUGAUUAUGAGUUUGAACCAGAGAUUGAUGCACACAGAAGGGGUAUGCAGACAUUUAGAUCAGGACAGAAGGUGUACCUGGAUGAGCAAACCCCAGAUGAAGGAGAAAAAAAUGAGGAUAACACCUGGAGCAGAGUUGGAGGGCGGUACAACUCUCAGGGCGAAUACAGUGCAGAAUGGAGAGCUGAGGAGGACAAACAUAUCAGGCAUUCUGCACACAAACAAGGCUUUCCUGACCAAGCCCAACCAGCUAGGGACAAAUUAAGAGAUGGAAGUUUUCAUCAUGCCCUGGACAUGGGCCAGGAGGAGCCAGAACCCCGUGACCAGGACUACAGGUCGGAUACAGAGCAGGCCCAGAAACCCAGCAACAUUGUCAUGCUGAGAAUGCUCCCACCAACUGCAACUGUUAAUGAGAUUCGUGCUCGACUGCAGGAGCAGGGGAUCCAGCCCAGAGAGGUUCGCCUCAUGAGGAACAAGUCUUCAGGUCAGAGCAGAGGAUUCGCCUUCGUCGAGUUUAAUCACUUGCAGGAGGCCAGCCGCUGGAUGGAGACCAACCAGAGAGUGCUCUCUAUAUUGGGACAGCGAGUAUCUAUGCACUACAGUGACCCAAAGCCCCGUGCCAAUGAAGACUGGCUCUGCAAUAAGUGUGGAGUGCAGAAUUUCAAACGAAGAGAAAAGUGUUUCAAAUGUGCAGUUCCUAAAUCAGAGGCUGAGUUGAAACUGCCUUUGGUGCCAGUGAGUUUACCUCUGGGGCAGUUAAAGGACUCGGCUCAGGGUUUACUGCCCCUUCCUGCCAUAUACCAGACAGCAGCUCCAUUAAUCAGCUUAAGUUCCUCGUCUCAGGCUGCGGAGAUGGCCAAUGACACUCUGAUACUGAGGAACCUGGGACCCCAUACGACGCUGGAGGCCAUUUUGUCAGCUCUGGCCCCAUUUGCUACUCUCUCACCUUCAAAUGUACGGCUCAUCAAAGACAAACAGACGCAGCUCAACCGAGGGUUUGCUUUCCUGCAGCUCACUACUAUUGUGGAGGCUUCACAGCUGCUCCAGAUCCUGCACUCCCUGCAGCCUCCUCUCUCUAUCGAUGGGAAGCUCAUCUCUGUGGAGUUUGCCAAGGGCUCCAAACGUGAUGUUUUUCUGACAGAGGGGAAUCGGGUGAGUGUGGCGACAGUAGCGAGUACAGCUAUAGCUGCAGCUCAGUGGGCCGUCACUCAGACGGCCCAGAGCGGUGAUAUCAGUGUGCACCCGCAGGGGCCAGCAGCAGCUGUGUUUGGGCAGGAGCCCGUGCAGGUCAUCAGUGCAGAGGCACACGCCUUUAAAGGGCCAGUGUCUGCAGUACUGACCAGCCACACAACAUUAGGCGCUCCUGACGGAGGAAGAGUCUCCACAGGAGAAGCAGGUGCUACCUCUAUAUUGGCGCUCGCAGCAUCCCAGACUCAACUUGUCGCCUCGACAGCCUCCAGACAGGCCAGUCAGGUCCCGGUGGAGAUCAUUGGGAGACCUCAGCCUGCUGCCCUGAACCCUCCUGCUACACCUGGAACCGCUCUGGAGCGCCAGCAGUACCCGGAUCCUGACGUCUCCACGUACCAGUACGAUGAGAGCUCUGGCUAUUACUAUGACUCUCUUACAGGCCUCUACUACGACCCAAAUUCACAGUACUACUUUAACCCUCAUACACAGCAGUACAUGUACUGGGAUGGGGAAAGACACACGUAUGUUCCUGCCUCGUCCGAGUCGUCUGACGACAUCACAGGAGUGACCUCUGACCCUACAGCUGCUCCCAACAGCAGCAAGGACAAGAAAGACAGGCCCAAGAAUAAGACCGCACAGCAGAUUGCUAAAGACAUGGAGCGGUGGGCCAAAAGUCUGAACCGGCAGAAGGAUAAUGGGCGAGGGUCCUCCUCUUCCUCGCUGAGCACAAACUCUCGACUGAUGGUGCAGGGGAGACCCGAUGACAGACGGGAAUCUGCCAGCGCUGAUGCAGGCUACGCUGUCCUGGAGAUGAAGGGUGCCUUGCUGGAGAGACCUCUGAUUCUGAUGGAGCAGAUCAAACAUCCAGAAGAAAGACAAAGUCCUCCUCAGGGUCUGGUGGCAGGAUACAGUGGAGAGACAGACAGCGAGGAGGAGGCCGGAGAGAGAGAGGAGAGACUGACAGACUGGUCCAAACUGGCCUGUCUGCUGUGCAGGAGACAGUUCCCCAGUAAAGAGGCUCUGAUCAGACAUCAGCAGCUCUCUGAGCUACACCGGCAAAAUCUGGAGCAGAGGAGAGGCAGACCGAGCCAGACACAAGAGAGAUCAGAAACAGAGCUUAAAUACAGAGACCGCGCUGCAGAAAGGAGAGAAAAGGGGGCCGUCCCACAAGCACCAGAUGUAAAAAAGAGGAGAUUCAGUCCUGUCAGUGGCGUGGGAUCUCAGAUGCUUCUUGGAAGAAUGGAAAAAGGCUUUUUCAUACAGAACCUGCCAGUGGAAUAAUGCUGUAUGUCUUUGGACUUCCUUCAGUGCUAAACGAAAUGCCUCGUGAGCAGUUUUUAAUCAUAUGGUGCAGAGCAAGUGCACAGCGCAACUAAGACACCAUCUUCAGGAUGUUUCACCAAGAAUAGAACAAUGUGGAAAUGUGCAGAUUUAUACACACACACACACACAAAUGUGUGUACUUACUUUUUGGGAUUCAGGUUGAUUUAAAGAAAAGGCCUCAGGACCCUGAGAAAUAUAGAUAUAAAAAAAAGCUACUAUAGAUCGCACAGACACUGUAAAUACGAUCCAACUGUGUUUCAUUCUUAUACUUUAUCCCAUUGUCGGCUUCCCAGAAAGCAGUUGUAAACAUUUGUAGAUGGCUUGAGUUUAUGUGAAACAUUUUUCAUUUCUGGGAAGCUGUGAAAAUGAUGUCAGGAUGGAAAACUUGGAUCUUCCAAGAAACUAUUUCUUGUACGUUUCAACUUUAAAUACAUCUUUGUGUCCCUUUAAGUAUGAUUUGAAUAACAGCCAUCAUGGGCCCUAAGGAGAAGCUUUGCUAGUAAGUGUGCUAUGCAUUUGCAUGUCUUGUAUGACAUGACAGUCUAUGCAGAAUGACAGACAGCAGCUGUCUGGGUUGACUUGCACAGUAGAUUAGACUUUUGUGAUUUAUCUUGACGAAAAGGCACAGCAGAUGAUUAUUGUUUACCUAUACAAAAUUUUAUUAACCUGAAUUGCAGUGUGUAUCAUAUUAGACUAUAUAAGCUGUAUAUAAUUAAAUAAGCUGGUAUACAGUUGUUGUUUUUUUCAUGUGAAUUUAAGGUGGACCGAGUGAAUUAGUGAAUGUAUGUCCUUAUGAGCACCAAGUGCCAUUGUUGUUGUUUUUUUGUUUGUUGUUGUUUAUGCACACAUAUGAAAUCAUGUUAACGACUUUCAAAUUCUAAUUUAGUUUAAAUGUCAUCAAAAAAAACUGAAAACCCAUUGUUGAUAAAUUUGUUUAAAUAAUAAUAAAAAAAGAUUGCUAAUGAAAAACAAGUAAACCAUAUGAAUAUUGAGAAUUAAAUUCUGAAGUCUGAGAAAUGUACAUAUGUGUCUCAAUACAGUAAGAGAAUCUCACGAAACCUGUCGAGAACAUGUCUGGGUCUUAUUUACUCCAAAUAAAAAUUGUAAGAAAA